GGGCUCACCGCUCGAUGGGUGGGGCUGGGCGGUGUCGCUGAGCAGAGCGGGAGAUGGCUACGGCGGUGCCCGACGGAGUUCCCGCCGCCGGGACGCAGAGCGUUCGUGACGGGAGCGAGGUGUCCCAGUCGCCGGAUCUGCCGGCCGGCGGCACUCGGGAGCUGCUGGAGGAGGUGGAGAUGCAGAUCGGCGAUGCGGCCUUCUCUCUGGCGAAGAUCCUGGAGGCGACGUCGGCUGUGUCGGCCCAGGUAGAGGAGCUCGCCACCAAGUGCUCAGAGAACGCCCGGUUCCUCAGGACAUGGCGGGACCUGCUGAGGGAGGGGUACGAGUCCUUGAAGCCAAGCGGCUGACCCGGUCCUGCGAUGUCUCCUCCGGAUCCCGGCGAGCUGCCUGCUUGUGUCGGACUGGAAUGUGAUGUUGCUUUUCAAAUGGUCGUUUUUACGGAGUCCGCUUAGGUUUUGGUUUUCCCGCAGCAGCUCUCCGUGAGCGCUCUCAGAAAUACUCGAUGGCUUGUGUGGAUGGUGUAAGUCACUGAGAAAAAUGACUUUGUUUAGGGAAUCAGGCCUCUUCCAUUUACGCUCAAGCGAUCUCAUUUAUUAAAUACUCUACUGGUAUUUUUUUUUUCUCUUAUGUAGUGGACAAAGUUAGUAUGUGUGGCACGGCCCCUGGUGGAGAAGUGGCGCCCUGCGGGCAAGCCCUUUUUAACAGCUGUGGCCGACGGAAAUCCUGCCGAUGCCAGAGAAACUGGCUGAAGUAACCUCAAGUUUUUCUCUAUGCACACUUUUUCUCUGUCCUAAGGAUUGGAUAAGAUGACGAGUCAUGGCUUAUUUACAAGUUUUAGAAAAGCCCUGUAUCCCCAAACUUACUAUUUUAGCAGUAUUACAGAGUUACAGAUUUUUUGCAUUAUGUUUUAUCACUGCAAAUGAUGUUACACUAUUUUUUUGCUAAAAAGUGCCUUAUGAUUGACCAUAUAUCUCUGCAUGCUAGACAUCAUUGUUUACUGAUAGGAUGGAUUAUUUUGAACAGUAAGCAAAAGCUUCAAUCAGUUAGAAAAGCGUCUGUGAAGUGCAUUAUCCCAUCUCUUGGGAAGCACCUUGGAGCUUCUUCAGAAGUAUUUGGUCCUAUUUUAUGUCUCUGCCUGAAGUUAAUCUAGAUCUUACAGUUAACAGAACUUUUGGUCUGGAGUAUCUAAUAAAUAAACUGAAAUAAAUAGCUGUACUGAAACUCACCUACCUUUACCAGAACAAUGUGAAAAAAUUAAUGCUCAAACACAGGGGGAGGCUGCAGGAGAACAUGAUUGUACUACGAUUUAUUAGCCUUAUUUUUUACUAGUAUUUUUACUUUUCAAAAGAGAAACUGUAGUUUUCUUAUCAAAACAAUAAAGAUGUUAUUCAUAGAAAAAAA